CCGGAUCGGCCGAUCUCUCACGAGAUCAUUCUCGAGGCCGGUGCCGUGCCGCCGAAAGGUUGCAUUUACCGCAUGAGAGAGGAGGAGCUUACAGUCCUCCAUGCGCAACUCGAUGACUUAUGGGACAAGGGCUGGAUCCGCCCUAGUAGCUCCCCAUAUGGAGCACAAGUUCUCUUCGUACGGAAGAAGAACAAGGAUCUACGAUUGUGCAUCGACUACUGCAAGCUCAACGCGCAAACCGUCAAGAAUGUUGGGCCUCUUCCUCGUAUAGACGACCUCCUUGAGCGAUUGGGUGGCGCGAAGUACUUUUCUAAGUUGGAUCUGAAAUCAGGAUACCAUCAGAUUUCGAUCCGGCCGAACGAUUGCUAUAAAUCCAUGUUCAAGACACGGUACAGGCAUUUUGAGUGGGUGGUCAUGCCUUUUGGCCUCACCAAUGCCCCGGUGACUUUUCAAGCGGCAAUGACCAACGAGUUUCGUGCGAUGUUGGACCAGUUCGUGCUGGUCUACUUAGACGACAUUCUCGUCUAUAGCCGGACAUUGGAGGAUCAUCUUGAGCACCUUCGACGAGUGUUGGAGACGCUCCGCCGCGCCAAGUACAAAGCCAACCGCGACAAGUGCGAAUUUGUCCGGCAAGAGCUGGAAUACUUGGGCCAUUUUUUCACACCGGAGGGCAUUAGUCCGUUGUCGGACAAGAUUCAAGCCAUCCACGAGUGGCCGGAGUCGCGGAAUGUCACGGAUGUCCGUUCGUUCCUUGGCCUUGCCGGCUACUACCAACGUUUUAUCAAGGGAUACUCGAAGAUCGCGGCCCACUUCACCAAGCUUCAAUGCGAGGAUCGGUCGUUCGACUUCGGGGAGGAUGUGCGAGAAUCAUUAUUGGCUCUCAAAGCUGCAUUAUUGUCUGUGGAGGUCUUACGAAUCUACAACCCGCUAUUGCCAACGCGUGUUACUACGGAUGCGUCCGACUAUGACAUUGGUGUUGUCCUCGAACAACAAGAUGGAGUGGACUGGCACCCGGUCGAGUAUUUCAGCAAGAAAGUGCCCGUCGUGCACUCCAUUAAUGAUGCACGCAAGAAGGAGCUCCUAGCCUUCGUCCACGCGCUCAAGCCAUGGCGGCACUUCCUCCUUGGUCGAAGUCAAUUCCGAUGGGUAACGGACAACAAUCCGUUGGUCUUCUACAAGACCCAAUACACCGUCAAUAGCACCAUCACCCGUUGGAUGGCUUUCAUCGACCAAUUCGACUUCUUUCGUGAUCACAUUCUGGGGAAGUCUAACCGUUUCGCGGAUGCUCUUUCACAGCGUUCGGAUCAUUGUACCACAGUCUAUUCGACCUUCGAGAUCGACGACGACCUGCGGGACAGCUUCAUCAGCGGCUACCAAGCCGACCCCGAGUUUCGCGACAAGUACGCGAAUUGCUCCUCUCCUAAUCCGACGCCUUCUCACUAUCGGAUCCAAGAGGGGUACUUGCUUGUCCACACAGGGGGGAAGGACCUUCUUUGCGUACCGAGUGACUCUCACUUGCUUGUCAAUCGAACGAUUGGCCGACUUCGCAAGUGCUUUUGGUGGCCCGGCCUUCUCGGCGACGUCACACGCUAUUGCGAGUCAUGCGAGGUUUGCCGACGCUGCAAAUCCCACAACCAUCGUCCGUACGGCGAGUUGCGACCAUUACCGGUCCCCUUGCGCCGGAGGGAAGCGAUUGCCAUGGACAUUACCGGGUCGUUCCCCAUGCACAAGACCGGUGUGGAUGGGAUUCUCACGGUGGUCGACUGACUCACCAAGUUUGUCAUGUUUUUGCGUUGCCGCUAUCAUGCCAAGGCACCAG